UGUCAGAGCUUCUUGAGCAGGGGAAUGACCAAAUACGCUCCAGGAAUAUCAGGGAAAUUCCAGGAAGAAAGGUGGAAUGGGAGGGACAGGGUCACAGUGACCACACUCCUCCUGGAAGCCAGCUCAGCUGAGGGAAGAGAAAGACAACAGGUGGGUGGAUCACACAGGACCACAGGCAGACAGGAAGAGCCAGAGCAGAGCCAGCAGAGGCAACAGCUGCAGGUGGCCAGAGCCCUGGGGGAAGCUGAGGCAAAGACUGCCCUGGAGCAGGUCACCCAGGAACGUGAUGACGCCAUAGCCAAGAAGCUGGCUGUAGAAGCCGAACUGGGCAUCUGCAGAGCCAAGCUGCAAGCUGUGGAGAAGCAACUGCUGGAGGUGGUGAAGGAGAAACUGAUUCUCCUGGAGGAGGUCGAGGCCUGGAAGGAUGAUAUGCAGGAGCUGGUCAGCCGACAGAUUCAAAGCCAGAUACAGAGAGAAGGGAGUGAUCCCCGGGCGGACAGGGUAUUGGGGUCCAGAACCCAGCCUGGUCUAACCACCCACUUCUCCCAGUGGCAGUGGAGAUGGCGGAGGAGAGACAGUAGGCUGAAGCAGAUGGAAAACUGGCCUCCGAGUCAGGAAGAAAAAGCUUCCUAUUUUGCAUCUGAGAUACACUAGCUAUAUGACUCUGGGCAAGUCAUCCCCUCAGUGCCCUCAAAAAACUGCAGAAGAUGAAAUGUGGCAGAGCAGGCUCAGAUCUGCCUUGGCAGAAGGAAUUUCCUCUUGGAAACUUCCCCUAGGCUAAUGAAGUCACAGAACAGGUCUCUCCAGGAUGAUCCUAGGCAACACAAAACCACCACCUAAGGCCAAGAGAUCCUGGAAUCAUAAACAGAGACCUCAGAAGCAUCUACUUAAAUCCAAUUCACCUGCAAGUCAAGACAUCACCCUGUGAUGUCAUUAGUCCUCUUU